AUGGCGGAUGAGCUUGCUCUGCUCCGAGCGCAAUACGCACAGCUGCAUGCGCGGUACGAGUUGCAGGCGAUACGGCAGCAGGAGCUGCAGGAGGCUGUACAGCGGAUUUCGGGCAUGGCCGCUGCUGCUCAGCCCAGGACGCCGCUGACACCUAGCUGGGACCCGCUUGUGGAGUCCUCCCCCGCGAACAGUACGAGGAAGGACAGCUCCGCGGCCACCGGAGCAGUAGCAGCAGGAGGAGCCGAGGAGAAGGCACUCGGCAAAGGCAAGGCGGCGCCAAAGGGCGUACCACAGCUGCAGUCAACUUGGACCCAAGCCUCGCCUUCCGUGUCCUCGUCGUCGUCGCCUUCGUCGCCGCAGGGCCAGACGGAACAAAACUCAACCUCGCGCCGGCCUGCUCUGGCGCCAGGACAGCCGCCAGCGUGCCGCGAAUAUGACAGCUCCCGGAGCACGUCUGAAUCUGGAUCUAGGUCUAAAUCCAGAUCUAGAUCUAGAUCCCCUCUUGGUAGCGCGCAGCAACGUCAGCACCCCUGCCAGCAGCAUAGCAGCGGUGAGGGGUCCGUAGACCACCCACCUCCUUGGCGGCCUGCGGGGAUCCUGCACCUGUCACCGCCGUCGCCGUCAUACCACGGCAAGCAUCACUUCAUGCAUCACCAUCAACUCCAGCAACACCACCAGCACCAUGAACAACAACAACAGCAGCAGCAACAGCAGCAGCAACAACAGCAGCAACAACAGGAGCAUCGUCAUCGCCAUCAUCACCACCGUCAUCGGGAGCAGCAAUCCAGGCGUUCGCCCACAUCCGUACGUUCGGUCCCGGCCAACCCCGGGACCGCAGCCGCAACGCCUACAGCGGUCUCGGAGCAGUCCCGGGCAUCCGCUGGCGCCGCCUCCGGCGGCGGUGCCCCUCUUGGCCCACAGCGCUCCGGCGAGCUGUUCAUCUCCACCACGCCCUUCUUCCCUCUGGGCCCUGAGACCUCCCAAUUCCUGGACAGAGCCACGACUGUGGAUGUGGGCUUUUAUCCCGACCCUGACCUGGCCGGAACGGCGGCGGAUGGCCGGCGGCGGCGGGGGCGCAGGGUGGGUCGAGGGAGGGCGCAUGACCACGGUGUCGGCGAGGAUACGGAGGACGACCGGGAUGAGGCCGCGAGUUCCUCUGGACACACGCCGGACAGGACGCCCUCCCUGGACAGCUCCCCUGGUGAGGAGGAGGAGGAGGAGGAGCACGAUCCGCUAGGGGAGGAGGAGGAGGACGAGGAGGAGGGACACCUGGGCGAGGAGCAGGAGGUGGAUGACGAGGACGACGAGGAGGAGGAAGACGGAGACGGAGAGUUGGGCAGUACUGGCGAUGGGAGAGACGGCAGCCUUGCCCUGGAGGACAGAUUCCGCUCGGAGACAGAGUCGUCGCACGGCACUGAGAGUGGGUCGUCGGCGUCAGGCGGAGGCAUUGCUGGGCCAGUGGCGGCGGCGGCGACGGCUGCCGCCAGCCAGCCACCGACGCCAGCUGCGGCCGGUCAAGGCUUGUCGCCCCGCCACACGACCUGCAGCUUCCGGCCCAUGCCGCGCCUAGGCACUACGGAAAUUAACCCCGGCCGCGCUGAGAUUGAUGAAGCGACUCCAGACGACAUAGAGGACGAUAGGGGCAGCGGCGGCGGCGCUUUGUUCGGUCCGAACGAUUCGAUGUCGAUUGAGUUACCGCUACUGCCCCUGGCUGUGGCUCAGUCCCCUGUUGAUCUUCAGUAUCCCCACACCCGCCCCAGCGCCCAACGCCAGGGCCAUCACCAACAGCAGCACCAGCAGCAACAAGAGGAACAACAGCAGCUACAGCAGCUACAAGGCGACACGGUUGACGCGCAACAACAUCGUGAUCAUCAUCACCACCAUCACCAGGGGCGUCGAUCCCACAGCCACAGCCACCAGUCCCAUCACCGUCAGGAGCAGCAGCGGCGGCGGGAGCAACGCGACCAACAGCAGCAACAGCAGCAACAGCCCUUUGCAGUGCCUAGACCUGUGGACGGUCCCAUGGUGCCGCCCGAGGUCCUAGAGCGCAUGGCGCUGUACGCGGGCGACGAGGGCCUGGCGCGUCCCAGCACCGCAGUGCCGUCGGCCCUCCGACCCGAUGCAGCCGCCCGCGGCCCGCCCGUGCCGCCGGAGGUACUGUCGUACCUGGAGCAGUACACAGGCGGCGGGGAAGGCGACGUACGGCCCAGCACGGCCUCGCCGUCAGUUCUCCGUGCACGAGCAGUGCGGGAGUUGCCGGUACCGCCUGAGGUGCUGUCGUACAUGUUGCAGUACACAGGUGACGAGGGCGGUGCACGCCCCAGCAGCGCCGUUCCCUCCGUCCUGGCUGCGGGCCGCGUCAGUGUGGAGCUCCCGGUGCCCGACCUGCUGCUGCACAUGGUGGCGCAGUUCCAGUCGGGUGGUGAGGGGGUGUCCCGACCCACCACCGCCCCAUCGUCCAGCGAGCGGCGAGCUCGCCUGGGCGCCACGUCGGCGGCUGCACACCACCAUCACAACCACCACCACCAACACCAACACCACAAGAACCGUGUGCAGUUCGCGCCCACGGUCACGGAUGUGGCGCUGCUGCGCGGGGGCAGGAACCCGGCGGCGUCCGUGCCGUCCUCCCCCGCGUCGUCGGCAUCGUCGGCGUCAUCACCGCCGGCAUCGGCCACCGGCUCGCAUAGUCGGUCUGCUGGGGAGGAGAGCUCCGCGGUGGCGGCGGGAACAUCAGCAUCACCGUCCUCGUGGGUUGUGGCGACCGUAACAACCGCAGCGACCGGUUCUGGUUCUGAAGGUAUGACUGGUCAGCCUGGGCCGGCUGCUGCCUCGUCAACGGCGGUGGUGGCGAUGUCUUCCAUCGCGGCGCCAGUCGCUGCAGCAAGCAGCAGCAGCGGCAGCCAGGGACCCUUCCCUAGUAACAGCGGCGGUGGCGGCGCCGCUGCAGCAGCAGCAGCGCGUGGAAGACUCCAGCACGAUCCACCAGCGUCAUCACCACUACCAUCGCCUCUGCAGCAGCAGCAGCAGCUGCUGCACAGGCCGCCUCGUCUUCACAGCUAUGAGCACCACCAGCAGCCGCAUCUGCAUCAACAAAGGCAAACGGACAUCGGCGGCGGCGUCAGGACCGGGUUGAAUGGUCUCAGCGGCCUCAUCGAUAGCAGCAGCAACAGCAGCACCGGUAGCACGAACGGUCAUUGGGCGGUGGAAGCCGCAGCGGUAGUUCUGCAAUCGGGGAGCUCCGCCGCCGCCACCGCUGCCUCUGCCGUGGCCGCCCGCGGUGAUGGCGGCGGCGUCGGCGGGCAUGUGUAUGGGGUUGAGGCUGGGGAUGUGUUUGCGUUCCCGGAAGCUGGGGAUCAGGAUUACACUGGCGACGGAGGGGCCCAGGGGACGGUUGAGCCCGGAUAUGGAUUGAGAGUUGAAUCCGGAUCCGGUUCGUCGUCUGGACGGGGAUUGGAGCUGCUGUACGAGGGCGAGGAUCAGCCAAUGUCGUGGCCCGAUUCCAGAGCCGCGGCUGGACCGGGGCUGGGUGAUGGGUUUUACAUGCGGGAUGGUACCUUCGGCGCCAGGGUUAGUGGCUUAAGCCCGGGCGUUGCUGCCGCUCUCGCCGAAGCGGACGGCGGCGGUGGCAGCGGCGGUGCGGUGGAGGUGUCGGCUGCGUUUGGCGAUGCAGGUGAAAGGGGGGAAGGUGAAGGGGGCGGUCCCGGGAUGCUGGUUGGGGAGGCGGAGGACGGCCAUCGGGAUGAGGCUAUUGAGCUGGGCCGUUACCCUUCGGCAGCAAGUGAGGAACUCCUGGACAAGGACGCGGGAUGGUGGGAGGCGCAGGUGCCCCACCCUGGCGGCGGAGAGGCCGGUGGAGUCAUGCUUGAGGGACAGGAGAACGAGGAGCCUGAGGAAGAGGAUGAGGACGAAGAUGGUGAGCAGCAAGCGGAGGUUCAGAGCAACCACCAGCGAGGACUCUGCUGGUUGCCUAUCCUGCCAGUGCACCAAAUGUGA